AUGUAUCUGUUGGGUGGACGUGGUUAUGCAUAUACAUAUCCAAUGUCGUAUGGUGACUGUAGUUGUUCCUUGUCAGCUACAUGUAUUGAGCAAUCGUCAAUGUUUCGAUAUUCUAAUGGAAGAGUAUUAUAUUCCGUACCUGGUAUGUAUACUGGAUGUUAUAUAGUUGAAUCAUUACUUCAAUCCAAUCUUAAAUGUUUUUAUAAUCAAACUUGUAUAAAUAAAGUAUUAUCAUAUUACGCAACACCUCCGUCAAUGAAUAUAACAGCUCUUGACAACUCAUUGCCAAGCAACUUUUUCCCAAACUCAACACUUGAAGAAGUUAUUAAUGAAAUGAUGGUUGAACAAUUUAUUCCAUCAGUAAUAUAUAAUACUUAUUACAAUGCAUGUCAGCCAACAGAAUGUACUUACACUUAUCAAACAAGGAAUAGUAUUAUUUAUAUUGUAACGACACUGAUUGGUCUGCUUGGUGGUUUAAUAACAGUAUUGAAAUUGAUCAUACCACCAGUAGUGAUGUUUAUAAGAAAAAAGCAAGAACGAUCACAACUAGACAUUGAAAUUAUUGAAGGAGAAGAAAGGUAUAGCAUAGGUCAAAAAUUGAAAAAUUAUUUAAUUACAUACAAUACGUUUCCAUCAUUUCCACCAUCAACCGAUGAACGUCAACUUCAGAGUGAACGAAUAUCAACGAGAGUAUACAUUAUUUUGUUAACUUUAUCUUUGGCUAUCCUUCUCUUAUACAAUUCUUUGAUUAAUAUAACCGAAACUGUGAAUGACAAAGCACCUACAAUGACAAAAUAUUUAGAGUUAUAUUCAACAUAUCCACAAACAUUAAUAUGCCCGUGUAAACAAGUAUCCAUCAGUUAUAAUAGAUUUCUUUCUAUUGAAUAUAGAUUCCAUCAAGUAUGUACUAGUGUUUUUGUUAAACAAGAUUGGAUUGAUUAUCUUUCCACAUCCUACGGGAGCGAUGACGUAUAUCUCGAUGACUUUCGUCUGACAAGUUCUUUUACAUUUCAAGCUUUGAGUGCUCUUUGUCAGUUAAUCAAUCAAACUGUCUCUAAUCGUCUGAGUCAGUUUUAUUCAAGUCAAUAUGUUAGUGCAUCUGUAAUACCAUCAGAAAUAUUUGACCCACAAGCGCGGACAUUGGUAGAUCAGUACAUAUCGUCAACGACUACUGAUUUUUUGUUAUCAUUAACUACAAUACGAAACACAACUCAAAGUAAUGCUUUAUUCACUGGCCUACAAACUAAUUAUUAUUUCAUUACACAAAAUGAUACACAAUAUCCAGAUCCGUAUGUAGUAGCGUACGGUAACUGUAAUUGUUCAUCUUCACCUAAAUGUGUUACACAAUCUAGUAUUUACAAUUACCCUGAUCCAACGAUUUUAUUAAGUGUACCUGGUAUUUAUCUUGGAUGUUAUGUGAUUGAAUCAUUACUUCAAUCCAAUCUUGAAUGUUUUUAUAAUCAAACAUGUAUAGAUCAACUACAAUCAUAUUUCUCAUCGACUUCUUUCAUGGAUAUAACAGCACUUGACGAAUCAUUGUCAGUUAAAUUUCAGAAAAACUCAACAAUUGAAGCAGUUGUUGAUCAGUUAAUGAUGGAACAAUGGAAUCAAACAAUAAUGUAUGAUCGAUAUUUCAAUGCAUGUGAACCAUUCGAAUGUACUCACACACAUCAGACUAAGAAUCAACUGAUUUACAUUGUUACGACACUGAUUGGACUGCUAGGCGGUUUGAUAACAAUGUUAAAACUAAUUGUACCACGAGUAGUAAGAUUUAUAAGGAGAGAACAAGUACAACCAACACCACCGAUUGCACCUACAAUGACAAAAUAUUUAGAAUUAUAUUCAACAUAUCCACAAACAUUAAUAUGUCCAUGUAAACAAGUAUCGAUCAAUUAUGAUACGUUUAUUUCUAUUGAGUAUACAUUCCAUCAAGUAUGUGCCAGUGUUUUUGUUAAACAAGAUUGGAUUGAUUAUCUUUCUAAAAAUUAUCAAGUUCAAAGUAUUUCUACUUUUGACUUUCGAUCGAUGGGUCCAUAUUUAUUUCAAGCUUUAAACGCAUUUUGUGAGUUAAUCAAUCAAACUGUCUCUAAUCGUCUGAGCCAGUUUAAUUCAAGUCAAUAUGUUAGUGCAUCUGUGAUAUCAUCAAAUGUGUUUAAAUCUCAAGCUCAGUCAUUAGUAGAUCAGUUCAAAUUAUCAACAACUAAUGAUUUUUUGUUAUCAUUAACUACAAUACGAAACAUGACUCAAAGUAAUGCUUUACUUGCUGGCCCACUGACUAACUAUGGAUUUGAGACAGACAUUGGUGAUGAUGAUCCAUAUAUCUACCCGCAAAAGUACGGUGUAUGUAGUUGUGUGGCUUCAGCCAUAUGUUCUUAUCCAUCCAGAGUUUGCGGUUAUGAUGGGUGUACUACCACACCAUUAUUUGUGCCAGGUUUCUAUAUGGCAUGUUAUAUAAUUGAAUCAUUACUUCAAUCUGAUCUUCGAUGUUUUUAUAAUCAAACAUGUAUAGAUCAACUACAAUCAUAUUUCAUAUCGUCGUCUGCAAUCGGUUUCACAUCUCUUGAUGAAUCGUUACCAAGUCGUUUUUUGCCAAAUUCAACAUUUGAAGAAAUAGUUAAUGAUUUAAUGAUUGAACAAUGGAAUCCAUCGGACCAAUCAGUAAUGUAUGAGCGAUAUUUCAAUGCAUGUCGACCAUCAGAAUGUACUUACACACAAGAGACAAAAAAUAGUAUUAUUUACAUUGUAACAGCACUGAUUGGACUGGUAGGUGGUUUGAUAACAGCUUUGAAACUGAUAGUGCCUCGUAAUGAAGAAAUACAAUGGAAUGCUGAUAUAUUACAUCGUGUAUUAUGUGCUUGUACUCAUGUAGGUCUUGUUGAACGAGUUAAGAACACUAUCGAUGAUAAGCAUUUCAUUCCCACUUCAUCAGGUCGAAUGCUUACAUCAGAUCAUCCAUCACAUGCUCGUGAUUAUGUGAGAUAUUAUUUAGGACCAAUGUCUAGUAAUAUUGGAUAUCAGUUAAUUAAACUGGUUCGUGGUCAAUGUAAGGAUACUGGUUUUGCCGAAGCUUCGGGUGGUCUCGAUUUGUAUACAUAUCUGAAACAACCAGAAAAUCAAGAUUAUCUACUUCUUUACAAUGGAGUUAUGACUUGUUUAUCUACAUACACAGGUGAUAAACUAGUAACAGGUGUAGAUUUUGGUCGCUUUGAAACUUUAGUCGAUUUAGGUGGCAGUCGUGGUACUUUUCUUGCUGAAAUUCUUCAGCAUUAUCAAAAUAUUCGACGUGGAUUUAUAUUUGAUUUACCACAGUGUAUUGCCGAAGUGAAGAGUGCUGAUGAGUUUGAAUCACGUCAGAUUACUUCAAGUCGGUAUACAUUUGUUGCUGGUGAUAUGACUGAUUCAUCAACAAUUCCUCAAGCUGAUGCUUAUAUACUUAAAUAUAUAUUACAUCUUUUCAAUGAUGAGAUAUGCGUGAAUGUAUUAUCAUCAAUUCGUAAAGCAAAUGAACAGCGUACUGACACAUUACUAACUAUAUUUAUUGUCGAACAUAUCAUUUUCUCUGAUGGAACGGUAAGCAAUUGGCAAGCACACGGUUUUGAUAUAGGUAUGGCUGCCUAUGGUGGUGCACGAGAACGAACAGAACAAGAAUAUCAAGUAUUACUUGAAAAAGCUGGAUUUCAAUUAAAAAUACUCUAUCCAAUUCAAGCACCAGAUUCAAUAAUUGAAGCUAUUUUUAUCAAAUGA